GCUCUGAAUCAGGAAGCUCUUCUUCAAAAUUGGGUGUGUAGAUGAGGAAUAAAUGACCCUUGUAUUGCAGCUCAUUCAUUGAGAUCUCCAAAGUGACUUAAGCUGGUGAUCGCUGAAGAUUUAUAUUCUUCAUCCAGUGGCUGGGGGAGCCAUGGCACUGGACGAAGGAUCGCGGAGUUGUUUGCUGCGGGUCCGCCACAGACUGGAGCAGGACAUCAAGCCCACCUAUAUCAUGGACCACAUGAUCAGUGAUGGAGUGAUGACUGUAGAUGAGGAGGAGAAGAUCAGGUCACAGGGACCUAGGAAAGAUCAAGCAGUGGCGCUUCUUGAGUUGAUGCUCAGGAAAGACAAUCGCGCCUACAUUUCAUUCUACAAUGCCUUAAUUAAGGAGGCAUAUGAUGACUUGGCCAGCCUGCUUCAUGCUGACUUACCACGGACAUCACCUACAGCAUACAAGAGUGUUCCUGAUGGCUGUACAUCAUAUGUUCAAACAGUUAUGAGCGAAGGGGGUGUACCGCAGAGGCCAGUUGUGUUUGUCAGUAGACCAGAGCUCUCAAACAAAGUCCGGGAGAAACUUUAUCAGCUUCAGAAGGAGCCUGGCUGGGUCACUAUCUUUGGGAUGGCUGGUUCUGGCAAGUCAGUGCUGGCUUCCGAGGCUGUUCGUCACCACAGCCUUAUUGAAGAGUGCUUUCCUGGAGGCAUUCAUUGGUUGUCCAUUGGCCAGCUGGAAAAACCAGACCUACUUGUGAAGAUCCAGUCUCUGUGCUUUCGGUUGGAACAGGGCUUAGACUCACAGUUGCUCCAUAGAGCUCCAAACUCUCUGGACGAGGCCAAAGAACGCCUGCGUUUCCUCAUGCUCCGGAGAUAUCCAAGAUCCUUGUUGAUUUUAGAUGACAUCUGGGACAGUGCAGUACUGAAAGCAUUUGAUAUUGAUUGUCGAAUAAUGUUGACCACCAGAAACAGAAGCCUCACAGAUUCUGUUAGUGGUGCAAAGUAUGAAGUUGAAGUGGAGAGUGGUCUGGAUGAAAAGAAAGGCUUGGAGAUUCUUGCUUUGUACACAAACAGUAAAAUCCAUGGGCUUCCCGAAGAAGCCCGCUGCAUUGUCAAAGAAUGUAAAGGGUCGCCUCUUGUGGUGUCUCUUAUUGGAGCUCUAUUGAAAGAAAAACCGAAUCGUUGGCGCUACUAUCUGGCUCAGCUGCAGCAGAAGCAGUUCAAGCGUAUAAGAAAGUCUUCUUCCUAUGAUUAUGAUGCCCUUGACCAGGCAAUGGCUGCCAGCAUUGAGGUGCUACCUGAGGAACACAGGGAACUAUACAAAGACUUGACAGUGCUGGAGAAAGACAUCAAAGUGCCUGCCAAGGUGCUAUCAGUAUUGUGGGACUUGCCUAUUGAGGAGGUGGAAGAUAUUCUUGAGGAAUUUGUCAAUAAGUCCUUGCUUUUUGUCGACUUGAACAACAAGCCUUAUCUUUAUUACCUUCAUGAUCUCCAGUUAGAUUUCCUGGUAGAGCAAAAUCGCAAUGAAAUUGAGAGCCUACACACUAAAGUAGUGCAUCAGUACCAGCAGCUCUAUAAAGAUGUGCAUCCUACUUCAGGUGAUGAAGAAAGUCUCUACUGGAUUCGAUUCCUCACAGAUCACAUGGCAAAAGCCAAUCUUACUCAGGAGCUCUACUCCCUCAUGUUUUCACUGGACUGGGUCACUAUUAAAUCACAACUAAUGAGUCCAGCUCAUCUUAUCAAUGACUACAUAGCACAUGGUGCCAUUUUGGAUAAAGAAAACAGUAAGGUACGCAGUCAGUUCCAGGAGUUCCUGUCUCUGAACGGUCACCAGCUUGAGCACCGUCCAGAUGUGGUGCAACUAGCGCUGUCCGAACCCUAUACCUCUGAGGUUUACAGACAGGCCCGCAUGCAAGCACUGGAGCGAUCCCGCAAAGGAAAACUCUACUUUGAUUGGCUGAAUAAAAAAUGUGUAGAGAGUCUGUCCCUUCUGGUGAUACACCCACACCAGGGCUCUCUGUACUCUGCUUGUUUUUCUCAUGAUGGAGCAAAGAUCGCAUCAUGUGGAGCCAGUAAGACCCUGAAGGUGUUCAAAAGCACAUCAGGUGAAAAGCUCAUGGAGCUGCAGGCCCAUGAUGAUGAGGUUCUCUGCUGUGCCUUCUCCCCAGAUGACCAACUGAUAGCUACCUGCUCUAGUGACAGAAAAGUAAAGGUGUGGAAUGUGGAGAGAUCAAUGCUUAUACGAGUCUUUGAGGAGGAGCAUGAGGAGCAAGUGAACCAUUGUCAAUUUACCAACACUACACGCCGACUUUUACUGGCUACAUGCUCUAAUGACAAGUUCUUAAAUGUAAAGGUUUGGAACCUUAACAGGCCAUCUUCUCAGAACACUAUGUUUGGUCAUUUUGAGCCUGUCAACCACUGUUGUUUUUCACCAGAUGAUGCCAUUGUUUCCUCUUCCUCCAAUGAUGGCACUGUGAAGCUUUUUCAAGUGUCUUCUGCCAAUGAAUGGAAGACAAUAAAUGUAAAGGCGUUGUUUGAUGGCGAUGAAGAGGUACUUGUCAAAUGCAGCACCUGGACGGCUGAUGGGAAGCGUAUUGCAUGUGCAGCCAGAAAUGCAGUAUGGGUAUUUGACGUUGAGACGGUUGAUAUGCUGUUCGAGAUUCGAACCAAUCGAUUGAGCAUGGUACAAUUCUGUCAAGCCUGCCCUACAAGUAACCUUCUCGCCAUUGCAUAUUCAAACUAUGGUGUUGAGCUGUGGGAUCUAGAGUCUAACAAAAAGGUGGCUGACUGCAAUGGGCACCUUAGUUGGGUUCAGCGACUCCAGUUCUCCCCAGAUGGUUCACAACUGCUCUCCUGCUCUGAUGACCAAACUGUCCGGUUAUGGGAGACAAAGAAAGUGCACACCUCCUCUGCUGUUUGCCUGAAAAGAGACUCAGAUGUUAUAUUCAGUGAUGAAGAAAUUAUUGUGUCAGCUGCAGACUACUGCAACAGACUGCAGGUUCGUGAUGGGAGGAAAGGACAGGUGUUGUUUCAGUCGGAGGAGAAGUCCUCAAGGGUUCGUUGCACCUGUUUGUGCAAACAGCUCUCCACUGUGGCUCUGGGACAAGAGGACGGCACAGUAGAGGUGUUGGAGGUCCCCUCUGGAAAGCUAUUGGCUUCUCUGCAGGGCCAUACAAAGACGGUGUUUCAUUGCCAGUUCAUCCAGAACGGCCAAACGCUCAUAACAUCCUCUGAGGACACCACUAUUCGCAUGUGGCAGUGGCAGUCAGGGGAGUGUAAAGUACUACUGGGCCAUAAGGAGCAAGUCAGAGGUUUCUCAGUGCUCUCCAACUCUCCCUCAAGGUUGUUGUCCUGGUCCUUUGAUGGCACGGUCAAGGUGUGGGACAUGGAGAGUGGACAACAGCUACAAGACAUACAGGCUCACAGAGGAGCCGUUCUGUCCUGUCAUAUCUCCCCGAAUGGAUCCCUGUUCACUACCACCUCUGCAGACAAGACUGUCAAGGUGUGGUGCUGUGAAACCUGGGGCUGUGUCCACACACUGACGGGUCACUCUGAGUGCGUCAGGAGCUGCAGAUUCUCAUGGGAUGGCCGACGCAUUGCUACAGGAGAUGACAAUGGAGAAAUAAGACUCUGGAGUGUGAAAGAUGGCUCUCUGCUGAAGAUUUGUUCACAAGAAGGAAAAGAUGGUAUGGACUCACUUCACGGAGGCUGGGUGACUGAUUUACACUUCUCACCAGACAACUCUCUCCUCGUGUCAACUGGAGGGUACAUCAAGUGGUGGGAUGUGGAGAGAGGAGAGGCUCUACAGACCUUCUACCCAAAAGGACUUGCUCUGAAGAAGAUCCACGUGUCUCCGGACUUCUCCACCUUUGUCACCAUCGACAACAUUGGCAUUUUGUAUGUUCUACAGAAAGUUGCUCCUUAAAUCUAACCAAAACGCUUGCAAUGCAUCACCAUCAGAAAAAAAGCAUACAGAGAUGGUUUUGGUCUAUUAAUCUUCAAGGGCUCUUCAAUCGUUUCAAAUUAGAGCAUUUGGGGCAUCCAUCUUAUAUAUCUGUUUACUAUAUUUCCCAGUGAGUAGCAAUGUACUCUUCCACCUUUUUUACCCAGGAUGAUUUAUUCAAUUACAACAAAUAUCAAAUGAAUUAUCUAGUUGGGUUUUGAGACAUUUGAUCUUUAAGUUUACUCAAAUGUGAAAGAUUCAUGAGGAGGGCUUGGAAUCAUCAAAUUAGAUUAUUGCAGAAAAGGAAGUUUGUUUUACUUCAUUUCAAAGCGAAACACAUCAUUUUUACAUGGACAUAUUUAUACACCACUGAACAAAGAUUGAAGGUGCCAUACACAACAGUAUCCACUCAUUUGAGCAGGGAUUGAACCAGCAACCAUUGUCGUGCUACCACUGAGCCGUUGUCGUGCUGUCCAUGGGAAUCAGAAUGAUGAAAAAUGAGGAACGUAGCCAUAGCAAUUAUAUCUUUUGAGUAGUGAAAAGGAAGCUGAGACCCAAGAACACAUAUCUAAGCAGCUUUCACUUCAAAUAUUAAAAUAAUGAGGACCAAAACUGAAAGUGUACCAAAGUUUACUGUUUUGCUUUUUGAAUUGAACUGAAGUAAAAUGUCUGCAAUAUUUCUAAUGUGAUGAUGCAUUUGGUAAUCCUCAGUGCAUGUGUGACUGUGAUGUGUCUUCACUGUGAAACGCUGAUCAAACAAUAUGUGUUACUAUGGCCUUAGUGUAUUGCAGCUACAGUGUAUAUGGGUUGUGCUUAACAUAUGGUCUCACAUUUGUUCACCAGCAUGCAUAGUUAUUCAUGUGCACUUUUGAUGUAAGUAUUGAUGGUUAUUGAAUAUUGUAAAAUCUUUGGGACAUAUUUGUAUGGCAUUUUUAAUUCUUUUAACAACAAACCUUUUCUACAAUAUGGCAUUUUAAACAUAUUUCUUGUUCAAAUGCACUUUUUACUGUCUUUUUCAACUCGGUAUUUAUUUAUGUUGUCUUUACCCAAGCCUCUUUGAGCACUUUGACGUUGAAAACAAUCCCUUGUAUUGUUCUCUUAAGAAUCAAGGAAAUCCUUACUUUGAGACUAUGAGCCAUCAUCAUUCAGCAAGUGCUUUUCAUGACUAUACACCACUAAAGCUAAUGUUAAUGCUGUCCUUUAUACUCUAAUGGAGCACAGGGAAUGUUAUUAAUCUCAACCGCUUUGUUAAAUGGUGCUUUCACUAUCAAGUCGAUGUAGUCAAAAUAUUGUUGCUUGUAGGAAGAUCCAUAAUAUUAAAAUAUAGAAAUGUUUCCCUCAGGAUUUCUAAAUGUUUUAUAAUGUGCAAUUGAUGACAAAUUAAACAUCACAUGCUUUGAAA